AUGUACGGAGCUGAGAUCAGUGAUGAAUAUCACCACUGGAACUGCUCAGUGGACUUGCAGUGUUACGGAGCAUGCUUCACAUCAGCACAAUUGACAGUUGACAUGGUAACAGCUACAUCACCUCAACGUUUUGCUAUUGACCUCGUUAGACGCAGUGACCUCAUUUCACUCCAGAUGAUUAAUCCUACGACCCAUGACUUGAUGACGGUGGAGGGCUUAUCAGUUCCUGUUACUGUACAGGUCCCUAUCACGGGGGAUUAUAAUGAAAGUGCCCACUCCCUCCAGUGUAAUAUGUGGAUGGGAUCCAAUUGGACCAACGAUGAUUGUGUGAGUUCCUCGCCAGAAUUCAUGGCUGACGGAUUCCAUGUGAACUGUACUUGUAACAGGCUAGGUGUUAUUAGUGUGUUUGAGGGUCCAGUUGUCAUAGAAUCAACAACUCUACUUGAGAAAACAACACAAGAAGAAACAACAGUGACAACAGAAAUGACAACAAUGAAAACAACAACAACAACAACCCCAGAAGUAGAGAUACCUAUAACGUUUGUCACCGAGGCAAAUAUUGAUCAGAAUACACAAGACGUGGUCAUAUCAAAAGCUGUGAAGUCAACCACCACCACUAAGAGUUCCCCUGUCCCUGACUCCACAACCCCCGUAAAUUCUGUAAGCGUCCCCGCCUACGCCGGCAAGGUGUACAUUUUGUUUGCCCUCCAUGACAACUUUGCCACCAUUGUAGCGGGACAGGAGAACAGUUUCAGGUUACACAUUAUGCAGAUACUGACUUCCUACCUCAAAAUCCCAGCCUCCAGGAUAACCAAUCUACAGGUGGAAGAAGUCAAAAACGAUGACGAUGACGCUGGAAGUAUAACCAUCAAGUUUGAGGUCUUCUCUCGAGCUCUGGACUCGGAGCCCACCAUGGGAGAAAUCAUCUUCCAGCUGAGGGAAGCCAUCAGAUCAGGGUCACUGGUCGUGACCUCUACUACUGGGCAGCGAUUGGUUGUGGACACCAACUCAUUUGCAUGGUCAACAUCAGAACUCAGAACUGAAAUUGACAGUGGAGCUAAUUACACCAUGUUCAUCGUGUCUGGAGCAGUAGGAGCUUUUGUUCUGAUCAUCAUUAUGACUGGGAUUGUUAUCUAUCUGAUCAAAACCAAGGCUAACAAAUCCCAACAGGUCACCCAGUCUCCUACGCCAUACGGACCCAACAUGCAAGGUAGAAAACAUCUUAAGUGUGAUACAAUGAAGAUUAUCAUAGUGACCUCUCAAGAAGUAUAUUCUAAUAAAUUUGUUCAGUUUGGAUUAUAA